GUUUGGAGUAGACAGCUAUUCAUUUUCCAAAAUGGCUGCCGCGAAGCAAAACUCGCGGGAAGAUUCGGCUUGGCUGGUGAAUCGGGCCCGGGAAAGCCUGAAGUCAGACCCUCACGCCGCCAAGGCAUGGCUCAUCACGGCUAGAACACUCUUUCCUGGGGAAUUCUCCGUGCAGUAUGAAGCCUACAGUGUUGAACAAGCUGCAGGUAACACAGCAGGUGCAGCCAAGAUGCUGUACGACAUGUUUACCCAGUUCUCGGAUGAGUCCACACUUCAGGCUGAGGUCCACAAGAUGACAUCUGCCCUCCAGUCUGACAAUAGAGACCCUGAUACUGUCUUCUAUGCUGGAAUGUUUGAAUCUCUUCCUAGCAGUGCACAGAGAGAUGUACUUCUGAAAAGUGCAGAAAAGUCUGGAAAUGCAGUUGACCAUUGCAGGCUGAUGCUGUUGUUGCUCACAAGGUUCCCAGACACCAGACCUGAACAUGGGGUGAAGUUAGUGGACACCUUGCUUGAUACAGAGAAGAGAGAAAGCCUACCUUCACCUGUAAACUGUUACAGGAAGCUGCUAGUGUGUGACACCAUCCCCCUGGUGUGCAGCAGCCCGGACAUCGAUGUGUCCCACAAGCAGCUGUACCGCUGGCUGCAGAAGGCUAUGGAGUUCUACAUCUGUUUCCUCACUCAGCCUCCUGGUAGGGAAGGUUCCAAAGGCCCAGUCCUGUCAUCAGAUAAGUCCCCAUUGAAACGACAAGCCUCGGUAUUUAGUGGCCUGUCCAGACACGCUGCCAUUGAGGGACUGACAGACAAGGAGAGUGUGGUGCCUGAUCCAUGGGAGAGACUACAUGAACUGAUGAUGACCAUCGGCUGCAGGUGUGGCUGGGAAAUCAACAUGGCAAGUCUACAGGAAGAGAGGACGAAGCCGGUCAAAAGUCAGGUAGAGCCAAUAUCCAGAUGAGUAAGACAGGUCAGGUGCCGCCUGAAGGGAUGGCAUCCUUCCGCACGGCCAUCGACUGCUGGAGACUACUGCACAAACAACAUGUCAUGGAGAAAGAUUUCACUCGGCUGAACCAACACUGGAAGACAGAGGGGUGGGUGUGGCUCCAGUCCUUCAUCAUUGAUAUGCUUCUCUACCAGGGUGAUCAGCAGAAAGCAGUCAGUCUACUGGAGGAACUGUUGAGUAGCUGUGGUGGGAAGGACCAGGAUGAGAACAGACAGACUCUACUUAGGUUGUCCCUCCAGCUGAGUUCCUGCCAUUUCUGUCUGGGCAAUUAUCAGAGAGCGUGUGAGCUUGCCUUGGAUGCCAUCGCAGAGCUACCAGUAGAACCACAGCCUGGGGAUACCCCUCCUUCCAAACAACAGAAAGCUGACAAAGAAAGUCGACAGUUGCUGAUGCUGUCCUGCACAGAAGCUGACAUCCUUCCAUACUGUAUGCAUGUGCUUGUCACAUGUCUUAAAAGAAAUGCUCUGGGUGAAUCAGAAGAUGACAUGUCUUUGGGUCACCUGAUAGUCAUGCUGCAGUAUGAUUGGCCCAGCCAGGAGGAGCUGUUUAUCAAAGCUGUGGAAAAGAUUGUUCACCAAGGGAGCUUUACUUACAACAUCUUCUUCAACUAUGUCAUCAACAUUGAUAUGCUGGAGGAAUUUGCAUUCUUGAAGACCCCUGAAGGUGGCAAAAUCAACCUGGAUCUUCUGCCUGUCAGUACAACAGCUAUAUCCAGACAAAGAACAGUGACGAGAGGAGUUCACAAAGGUGUGAAAGAAGACUUCCGAUUGGCCAUGGAGCGCCAGGUGGCCCGUUGUUCUGAACAUGUGGACACCCUUAUUAAGAAGUUCCUGACUGAGGAGAGGGACAUCAUCCUACAGAACCUCCUGUAGAGGAAAUAUGGAGUGUUGAUAUAUGUGGGUUCAUGGUUUGUGGGGUUGUGUGGCAUACGGCAGGGUGUUUGGCCCAUAACCCAGAGGUUAUAUUCUGUUGAUAUGCCACUGAUCUUGUACCCUUGCAAAAGGCACUUUACAAGACUUUCCUCACUUCACAGGUGGAAAUGAGUACCUUGCUGUGGUUAGGGCCUUCCCUCGGAUAAAUGGAUGCCCCAUGUUUGAGAUGAGACACACCUUGAGCACAACAAUUGUAAAGAGUG